GCUUUUGAAUUUUCGUGAUUGAAACAGCGAACUUAGGGAUAAAAAAAUAAUAAAAAAAGAUUUGUGAGUGCAUAUGAGUCGUGAAAAGGAUUCUGCGAUAGUUUAUGAACUCGUGACAUCAAAAUAUAAAAUCGCUGAACGGAAUCGUCUCGCAAAGUAUCGAUUUCUUAACGAGAUGAAAGGUGAAACGAUUAAAAGACGUGACUCAGAGCCGACCAUAGCUCAAACUGAGAAAGCAGAAGUUGAUGCGAUUGACUUGUCGGUUCCUGGAACUCCCGUUUCAUCUCGUUAUAUUGCUUCGUUGAAAAAAAAUAAGCGUUACAAUCAUUUUGAAAGUGACAGUGAAACAGAAAAUGAGGACGAUGAUAAGCUUAACGAUAAUCCAUCGAAAUUUCAUUCCCAACUUGAAGAUGGCUUGAAGAAAUUCACCGCCGAUAUGGAGAAAUUGCAGAACGAUGUCGAGUCACAUGAUCCGUUGCAAAAAUAUUUCGAAGACAGCGACAAAAAGAAAACAUUUCGUCGUGACUUUUCUGAAGUUGUUCAAGAGUUUUCAACAAAGAAGAAAGAGCCGGAAAUAAGCUCAAAAAUCGAAGAAUACUUUCAAGAAUCAGAGCGAAUGAAAUCGUUCAAACGCGACUUCACUGAAGUUGUUCGCACGUUUGACCCAAAAAAUCCGAGUGGACGAGAACAAUUUACGGAUUUGAUGAAACCUGGAACUCCGAUAUCGUCUCGACUUGUGACUGUUGAAAAGCUUUCGAGUACCAUCGACAAUAAAUAUAAAAUUGAUAAUGAAAUCAUUGACAACCUCACUGAAAGUAACGAGAAAAAUGAAGCAAAACCAAGUCCAAACGAAUCGAAAAACAACAUCAAUGAUGUCAUGGCGAUUGAAAGAAAUGACGUCAAAGUUAUUGAAACUGAAGUUACAUUGAAAAUCAUUGAGGACGAUGAUAAAAUUAAAAUUCAACCGGAAGUUUCAGCCACUCAAGAUGACGAAAUGGGGAAACGUGAUGCGUCAUCAGACGAGAAAGUAAAGAAAGAUGUUCCAAAGCUGAAGAGAAGUGAUAGUACAUCUAGUAACAUUUCCAUACCCGGUACGCCCAUCAGUUCACGAGCAUUGUCUUCAUCAAAUCCACAAAACGGAGACUCUGAUGACAGCGGUUCGGAAGGAACUUAUGAAGACAAUGAAAUUGCUGAACGGGCGAAAGAAUUCGUACAUGAAAUCGAAAACCUGGUUCAAAAGUCUUUCGAAGAUGACGAUGACAGACAGGAAAUUGUGCUUGGAGAACUAAAAAAACUAACAAACGAAAUUGGGUUCGAGAAACUGUCGUCAUCAGAAAAUGAGAGUGAAAAGAAAUUAAUUAUUCAUGAAGAACAAAAUGAUAAUUUUAAUCCAAAUGGAUUAGAAAACAAAGUAGAAGAUUAUUUCGAAAGGUCACAACGGGACAACACGUACUCGAGAACAUUCUCCGAAGUAGAAAAUUUUAAUGAAGUUUCCGAAGAUGUAAAGAAGAAGGUUGAUGAUUAUUUUAAGCAAUCAGAAGUAAAGAAAAGCUUUACACGACCAUUUUCACUAGCGGUGAAUUAUGUUGAGCCUAAAAUUGAUAUUGACGAAUUGUUAAAACCUGGCACCCCAAUUUCUUCUAAAGACUUGAUGAGUUUGAAGAAGGAAAACAAUCAACAAACAUCAAUUGAAGAAAAAGAAGAAAUUGAUCCAGAAAUUUUAAAGGGAGAAGAAGUUUUCAAGAAAGCCAAAGAUGCUUUGCACGAGUCACAAACAUUCACUGUCGACGAUUAUUUUAAACAGUCUCAAGAUCGUAAAACUUAUAGGCGAGAUUUUUCAGAAGUUUUAAGUGAACUUCACCCUGCGAAACCAACAAGCAGCAAGCCAGAAAUCGAAGAAUAUUUUGAGAAAUCUGAAACGCAUAAAACUUUUCAGCGAACUUUCUCGGAAGCGCAUCAAACUGUUCCGCCAAGCAUCGAUGAAAUUUUGACUAUAGGUGAGAAGAAGAAGGAAGCUCCAUUGCAUUACCAGCGUUCAUCACGUGCCAGUAGCAUCUCAUCCAAUUGCAGCGAACAAUCAGAAGGAGAUAAUUCGCGAAAGUCGAAAAAACACGGUAAAAAAUAUGGAAUUGACAAAUAUUUUGCAGCAUCACUCUACCGCAACGCUUAUCACAGAUCAAACUCAAGACGCGAGUCAAAGGAUGACGAAUACGAUGAACUGAGAAUUAUGGAAGAUGAAGAUGUCUUGGGCGACUCGGAUCUCUUACGUCAAAGAGAGUUCCAACAUGAUGACGAAACCCGCGUGACACAAGAAUCAAAUGACGUUAACGAGAAUCAAAGCGUUCAUUUCUGGCGAGAAUUUCUUAAACCAUACAAUCUUAACUUACAAACAGAUAUUAAAUUAACGAAAGAAGAGUUGCUUAAUAAUCGAACUUUAGAAUAG